CACACGACGUCAGCGGCAGCGCCACACCGGGGCUGAGGAGUGGGUGACGAAGAGCAAUCAUCGCCACCAGGAGAAAAACACCAGGGAGCGUUAAAAUGCACGGUCUACACGGGUUAAUCUGAUUGUUAAGUGUUCCGUCAGGUAAUUUCAGGGUGUGUCCCUGGCGAUGUCUCUUUGGAGAUCUGUGUCUUAACAGAACAAAAGGUCCUCUGUCAAACCGAGCUGUGUCUCUUUUUUUUAACCAGUUGGCUUUGCUUUUUUUUUUUCCAGGGAUGGCUAGCUGAGCUAACCAAGCUAGCUAACAAUUAGCCUCUCCCAUUUAGCCACAGUGGUCCACUCGGCGUCUCUGUCUGCGAGGGGACAACUACCCCCCCCCCUCCUCUUUAGCCAAACAGAUUUUUUCGGUCGUAUAGAACCGUCGGCCUUCGCCCGUCGAGUGGUCGUGGGGUCGCGGCACUCCUUCCCCGUUGGCUCGGCAGAUGGACAGUUCGACGGGCGCUCGUCGUCACUGCGCGGGCGUACGGUGUUGGUUUCGGGGCGGCUAGCCUUGCACUCGGCCGUGCGACCAGCGGGAGGGGAUUGGACAAAUGUGGCAGCCAGUACUGUCCCACUGUUUCUGGGACCGAAGUUUGUAGUUUGGUACAAAGAAAACCACUGAUUUCUUUUGUGGUUUAAAUCCUUGCUGUGUUUGGUGAACGAGCUACGCGGGGAAGGGAUUCAAUGCGUUCGGGCACCCUGACGAUCCAUCAAGUUGUCACGUUAGCUCCGUUUCAACGUUAGCAGCUUUUAGCCUGCGAGCCAGUUGACGUUACCCAAACUCCUUUUCGUCAUUUUUCCCUUUUUAUUUUGAGAAGCGCAGACAAUAAAAUGCUUCUUCCCACGUCCGGUGGUCAUCUCGCAUGUUUGCGAACAUGUUGCUUUGCACAUUUUGUGUUCUAAGCCCUCCGUCGCUGUAGCCCUCGGAUCUACAAAAGACGUUGCUUAGCUGUCAAAUAUUUGACACUUUUGACAGUUUUUUGUUGUUGUUGUUGUUUUUUUUAAUCAACCAGACAGCCAGACUCCGCACCGAGCCGCCCGGGCUCCGUCCCCCCUGCGUGCGGGUAAAACUGGUCCAAAAACCGGACUGCUGAUAACCUGUGGGUGUGAACCCCUUGUUAGACGGGCUCCUUUUUUUUUUAUUUCUCCUCUUCUCGGCUCAUGCGGUGAUGACUUUAGACUCCAUGAUGGCUUGUUGCCUGAGUGAAGAGGCGAAGGAGUCCAAGCGAAUCAACGCCGAGAUCGAGAAGCAACUUCGGCGAGACAAGAGGGACGCGAGGCGGGAGCUGAAGCUUCUUCUGCUGGGGACUGGAGAGAGUGGCAAGAGCACCUUCAUCAAGCAGAUGAGAAUAAUCCAUGGGUCAGGCUACACGGAUGAGGAUAAGAAGGGCUUCACCAAACUGGUCUACCAGAACAUCUUCACCUCCAUGCAGGCCAUGAUCCGUGCAACGGAGACCCUCAAGAUCCCGUACAAGUACGAACAGAACAAGAACAACGCCCAGGUGGUGCGCGAGGUGGACGUGGAGAAGAUUGCCUCAUUCGAGCAGCCUUACACCAGCGCGAUAAAGAUGCUGUGGGCUGACCCUGGCAUCCAGGAGGCCUACGAUCGCAGGAGAGAGUACCAGCUCUCCGACUCAACCAAAUACUAUCUAAGUGAUCUGGAUCGUAUCGCUGAACCGUGCUAUCUACCAACCCAACAGGACGUGCUUAGGGUUCGAAUCCCAACCACUGGGAUCAUAGAAUACCCUUUCGACUUGCAGAGCAUCAUUUUCAGGAUGGUGGAUGUGGGGGGUCAGAGGUCAGAGCGGAGGAAGUGGAUCCACUGCUUCGAGAACGUCACCUCCAUCAUGUUUCUGGUGGCGCUCAGCGAGUACGACCAGGUCCUGGUGGAGUCGGACAACGAGAAUCGAAUGGAGGAGAGUAAAGCCCUGUUCAGGACCAUCAUCACAUAUCCAUGGUUCCAAAACUCCUCCGUCAUCCUCUUCCUCAACAAGAAGGAUCUGCUGGAGGAGAAGAUCAUGUAUUCUCACCUGGUCGACUACUUCCCGGAGUUUGAUGGCCCGCAGAGGGACGCGCAAGCCGGUCGCGAGUUCAUCUUGAAGAUGUUUGUGGACUUGAACCCCGACAGUGACAAGAUCAUCUACUCCCACUUCACGUGCGCCACCGACACGGAGAACAUCCGCUUCGUCUUCGCCGCCGUCAAAGACACCAUCCUGCAGCUCAACCUCAAGGAGUACAACCUGGUGUGAGGAGAGACGGAGAGCAAGACCUGCAGGCCCCCCCGACACCCCCCCCCCCCCCUCCCUCCCUCCCCCACCCACGCACACAAUGCACAAUGAGUCCAUGUACACAUCUGCAUGAACACACCGCUGCUCAAAGAGCUUCAUUCUUUACCAGACCAACACUAUCCAUGUACUGUCCUUUACUCUCAGAGUUUCUUUACAAAAAGAAGAGUGGGUGUGUUCUUUGUGGCUCUGAUAAUUGCUCCUCUUGUACAAAAACAACACUCCCUCCACUCGUCACCGGGCCCCGCUGACAUGUUUUUUUGUUUUUUUCUUUACACUACAUUAUCACCAGUGCUUGUGUGUUUUGAAGCGGGUGGGAGGCCUUCCCUCGGGUAGAAGGGGCUUUAAAGGACAAAGGGCUCUCUCCCCUCCUUCUUCUUCUUCUUCUUUAACCCAUGCACGCAACACACACUACAGCAGGAGGACUGCAAAGAGUAAUUAACUACCAUGAUAGGCAGUGCUGGGGUACUUGGUCGCCCCCCCCCCACCUGGGUAUUGAUUUGUGUAUUUGAUUCUUUCACCCCCCCCCCCUCCCAAAUCGGAGCACAGAAACGGUGUUGAAUGUCUGUUUGAAUCUCUUCAGCUGUCGAGCUUUUACUGCUUUUGAUUUCCGAUUGCAAUCGAAAAGAAGUUGACUACUCAAAGGAAAUGAAAUGCUCCUCUUUGAGAGUGUUGACGUACUUGGUGAAACUUAAGAAUUAGGAGACAAGCGUUAUUUACAUGCUGUUUAUUGACACGCCUGUCUUUUUGUAUCACAUUGCCAAAAUUAAAACCACCAACUUUUUGUUUCUUUAAAUAUAAU